AUGGUCAGUUUUUGCGCCUCUGUCCCCCCUCUCGCGAUCCACGAGUGGGAGCGGCGCUUGGGGGACGUGCAGGUCACGAAACACGAUCUGAACCGGCUGGUGAUGGACUAUCUCGUCAUCGAGGGGUACAAGUCGGCGGCGGAGGAGUUCAGCCAGGAGGCGGGGGUCGUCACGCCGGUCGACUUUGACAGCAUCGAGAGCAGGAUGAACAUCCGGGAAGCGUUGCAGCGGGGAGAUGUGCAGGAUGCGAUCACGCGUGUGAACGAUCUGAACCCCGAGAUCCUGGACACGAAUCCGGCGCUGUAUUUCCAUUUGCAGCAGCAGAAGCUGAUCGAAUAUAUCCGGCAAGGGGACGUUGCCGCGGCGCUACAGUUCGCGCAGGAGGAGCUAGCGCCUCGCGGGGAGGAGAGGCCGGAGUUCCUGUCUGAGCUGGAGCGGACGAUGGCGCUGCUGGCGUUUGAGUCGUCGGCGGCGAUCCCGACGGGGAUCUCGGAUCUGCUGUCGCCUGCGCAGCGGAUGAAGACGGCCGGGGAGGUGAACGCAGCGAUCCUGGAGAGCCUGAGCCAGGGGAAGGAGGCGAAGCUCGUCGCGUUGCUGAAGUUGCUGUGCUGGGGGGAGUCGAUGCUGGAGGAGCGGGCUGAGUUUCCCAAGGUGGACUUGAGCGAUGGACCGAUGACUCGGGGGGAGUGA